AUGUGGUGGAAUUAUCGCGAUAGAGCGACAAAGUUGCAACUCGGUUGCUCAUUGGUCUGGGAAUGUUGUUGUAAGAUGGCGCCCAGCGAAAUAUGAGUGGUUUAGAAAAAAAACUACAGCUAGCUAUUUAACGAACAACAAAGAAUAGAUUACAAGGAAAUUCCAACUCCACUUCGCUUACUUGUUUGUUGUAAGAGGAUCACCGUUUCGAGGGCAGAGAAGUGCUUGUGGGUGGCUCGAUCCUCGGCUCGGUUGAGGAAGAGAGUUCUUUAUAAUUUACCUUUUCAACAGGUUCCCCCUACAGAAGAGGGCACUGUCAGCAACAAUGAAUAACUCUCUGGAUGGGACAGGCUCCUAUGAGGAGCUUGUGAGGCAGAAAGCUCGGAGCAUCCCUCAGCAUCGCAUGAAGGAGUUCCUGGAGUCUUUGGCCAGCAAGGGACCAGAUGCCCUGCAGGAGUUCAGCCAGUCAAGUGCCGAUAACACGACCACUACCACUACUAUGGUCUACCAACAAGAAGCUAACUGUAUUUACACAGACAGCACAGAGGUGGCAGGGUCAUUAUUGGAACUGGCUUGCCCGGUUCAGGUGCAGGUUCAGCCGCAACAGCAACAGAUGCAGGACUCCACGUCUCAGCAGCAAUCUGUACAGCAGAAUACAGAGCAACAGAUAGUACAGGUGCAAAUCCAGGGUCAGCAGCAAGGUCAGAUGCUGGGUCAGGUCCUCCAAGUGCCCUCUGGCUCUCAUCAACAGCUACAAGGUGUGACUACUGCACAGCUGAUUCAGCCUGGGGAACUCACCGAGGAGCAGCACCAACAGCUGCAAGCCCAGUUGGUGGCAGCGGUUGCAGGAGGACAACAGAUCCAAAUCCAGACAGUGGGGGCCCUUUCUCCCACCCAGCAACAGGACAGUACAGAGAGGCGGGUACUUGGAACAGCAGUUGCCACAUCCCAGGGAGCGGGUGUCCUCCAGCCAGCCAAGAAACGUAAGGUGGAUAUGCCUAUUACUGUGUCAUAUGCCCUGCCUGGUCAGCAGGUAGCCACAGUCCUGGCUAUCCCUCAGGGACAGGGCCAGCAGCAGAGUUACGUGUCCCUACGACCAGACCUCCUAACUGUGGACAGCUCCCACCUUUACAGUGCUACAGGCACUAUUACCAGUCCCACAGGAGAAACCUGGACCAUCCCUGUGUAUUCUGCUCCUGCUACGCCUGGAGGUCGGGAGCAGGUCACGCACAUUGCCAUCCCCCAGGAGGCUUAUGGAACAGUGCAAGUUGCAGGAGCAAACACUACAACAAUGACCACAAUGCCAGCACAAGUUACUGUUGAGAAUGACAAGCUGAAAAACUCUGCCAGUCAAAGUCAGACGGCGCAGGCUGUUUCCAGCAUAACAAGCUCCGGAGGAAUGGGAGGCCAGGAAGAAUUGGUGCACACAUUGGCUGCAAACACACUGUUCCCUGCUCAGCUGAUGAAUGGAAACAUCCACAUCCCAGUGGCAGUACAGGGCUACUCCAAUGCUACACAGUCCCUUAUCUGGGACCCACAGCAGCAGGUGCUGCACACGCAGGGACUGUCAGGGCAGGACGCACAGCAGCUGCAGGGUCAGACAGUGGUAGCAGAGGUAGAUGGCCAAGGCCAACAGCAGGUGCAAGUACAGGAGCUACUACUGCCCACCACACUGAAACCAGAAGAAGGACUGGAAGUAUGGCGGCUUUGGGCCCAGCAGAAAAACGCUGAGUUGGAUAAAUCAGACAAAAAUAAACUGGCCCCAAUUGGUCGACGCCAGGCGCUGCGUUUCCAGGAGGACUUGGUAUCAUGUGCAGUUGCUGAGCUCUGCAUGGGCCUCUCUUUGAUGACAACAGAGGCUCGAGGGCUGCAAGGAGAGUCUUAUGAGGCUGAUGUUCUCUACUAUGUAUUUCUGUGCAUACAAAAAUAUCUCUUUGAUAACGGUCGUGUGGAUGACAUUUUCUCAGAUCAGUACUAUGCUCGCUUUGCUCAGAGUCUGCACAACAUCCUGGAGCCUUGGAGACCAUCCGUUCAUCUGCUCGGUUAUGUUAUCCCCAGCCAUGUGACAGAGGAGAUGCUGUGGGAAUGUAAACAGCUGGGAGCUCAUUCACCUUCAACACUGCUCACAACUUUGAUGUUCUUCAACACAAAGUAUUUCCACCUGAAAACAGUGGAUCAGCAUUUAAAAGUGGCCUUUUCUAAGGUGCUUAGACACACCAGAAAGAGUCCCAACAACCCCAAAGACAAGAGCACCAGCAUCCGAUACCUAAAGUCAACUGAAAGGUUCAUAGGACAGAAAGUGACAGAUGACAUGUACUCGGAGCAGCUGGAGGACCCAGAGAACCCUCUGCGAUGCCCUAUCAAACUCUACGAUUUCUACCUCUUCAAAUGUCCACAGAGUGCUAAAGGUCGCAACGAUACCUUCUACCUGACACCUGAACCCGUGGUGGCUCCCAACAGUCCUAUCUGGUACUCAACUCAGCCAAUCCCAAAGGAACAGCUGGAGCAGAUGCUCGCGCGCAUCCUCGUUGUCCGUGAAAUCCAGGAAGCCAUUAACAUGUCAGAGAGCGUGCACUAGUGUGACUGGAGGAUAACGAUAAACGGACUAGACUCUUUUGCUUCACCCAGCCUUUGAUUGCUCAUUAUCAGUAGUCUUCUAUUCUCUCACACCCUGUUGUGAUCCUUAAGGGUGGCAUGUAUAUGUUUAUAUUCAUGUGUCAGCAUAUCUUACACACAUACUGUACAUAACAAACAACCAAUACAGAUAAUUUGUCUUAUUGAGUCGCCUUUUUCCCCUUUGUUUUGGCCAAAGGAUGUCAUGUCUCUUACUAUUGAACCUGAACUCUAAUUUAAAUGUUAUUUUAACUGUUGGUUCCCAUUAGACAAUUGUUAAUUUUCUCUCCCAGUUUGUUUUAUUUUGUAAUAUACUUCAUAUAUAUUUUAAGUCUCAAUUGAAUACCUCAGUGGUAUUAAAUGUGCAUUAAACCAAACAAAGGUUAAAUGCUCAUUUUCGGCUUGUGUGAAUUCUCCCUCUUUCUGUUUCACUGUUGUCCGUGCUGAACUGUGUCCACAUGCGGACACAGGGCUGUGGGAUUCCUUGUUGGCUCAGCUCAGUAACUCAGAAUCACAUCAGGACUAUGUUGUGGAUUUGAUUGCAAUAUAGUGCUACCACUCAACCUGCAACUACUAGCACUUGCCACAUAGUGGAGACAUGGCAGGUGAAGGAUGCUGUCUGCCGCUGGAUCCCUCUUUCUCUCCUCCAAUCCCAAAACACCUGAAGUGGGAUCUGUUGUAUCAUACAUGUUUAUUAUGUAACAGAUGAAAGACUCUUAAGAAGCGGCUUAGCCCUUAAUGUGCUAUCAUGUGUAAUAUUCGUAGCUCCUUCAUGUACUGUAACGGGUUUCAGUCAUUUAAGGAGAAUGGCAGUGCCUGUGUUUUUGAAACAUGAUCUUUUUUGUACAGCCGCUGCACCAUGUGUCUGCCUUUCUAGCAAGUCCAGUAUCAGUUCUGCACAUGCAUCCUUAUGUAAUGAUAGUCUGCAUUGUGUGAUAUGAAACGAUGCACAGUGAUUUUUCCAAAUAAAAGUCUUCUCACAUCACUA